AAAAACUUAAAAAAGUCCCAACGAGGAGGAGACGAGGCCAGGCUACCUACUCUCCCCAAAUCUCUCUCUGUAAAUUCGCCAUUUCAUCAAUAAAAUCAAAUCGCCUUGAAGCUUGAAGAAUCAUUCAUAUGUGCCGUGUCAGUUAGGCUGCCUUGCGUUAUCGAUCAUCUUUUUUUCAUCUACCUUCUUCAAAUUGAAGAAAUAUUUGACUAUCGAAAGACGUGCCGAGAUGGGGACUAUACAUCGCAGUUUCUCCUGCAGUGGAGUUUAUAGGAAAACAAAUGAUAGUGCCAGGCUCAUUAUCGUGACAAUUGUCGGAGUUGCUUUUGGAUUUUUUGUUGGUAUAUCAUUUCCAGCAGUGACAUUUACAAAGAAUGAAUUUAGAAGAAGCAAAUCACUUGAAACUCUUGGAUCAGGCAGCAAUGUCACUAAUAUUUAUGUUCCAACAAAUCCUCGUGGUGCGGAGUUAUUGCCUCCAGGAAUUGUUGUGGCCGAAUCUGACUUUUACUUGCGAAGAUUAUGGGGUGAACCUAGUGAGGAUAUGUUGAAGAAGCCAAAGUAUUUAUUAACAUUUACAGUCGGUUAUGAUCAGAGGAACAACAUUAACGCAGCAGUUAAAAAGUUUUCUGAUGAUUUCCAAAUUUUGCUUUUCCACUAUGAUGGCCGGACAAGCGAGUGGGACCAGUUUGAGUGGUCAAAAAGUGCAAUCCAUGUUAGCAUAAUGAGACAAACAAAAUGGUGGUAUGCAAAAAGGUUUUUGCAUCCUGAUAUUGUUGGAGCUUAUGAAUAUAUUUUUAUAUGGGAUGAAGAUCUUGGAGUAGAACAUUUUAAUGGAGAGAAGUAUAUACAGUUGAUCAAGAAACAUGGUCUGGAGAUCUCUCAACCAGGUCUUGAGCCUAAUAAUGGACUUACAUGGCAGAUGACGAAGAGGAGAGGAGACAGAGAGGUUCACAAGGAUACAGAGGAGAAACCAGGCUGGUGUAGUGACCCACAUUUGCCUCCAUGUGCUGCCUUUGUGGAAAUCAUGGCACCUGUAUUCUCUCGUGAGGCUUGGCGUUGUGUGUGGCAUAUGAUUCAGAAUGAUUUGGUGCAUGGAUGGGGAUUGGAUUUUGCUCUCAGAAGAUGUGUAGAGCCUGCACAUGAAAAAAUUGGAGUGGUUGAUUCACAGUGGAUUAUUCAUCAAGUGAUUCCUUCUCUUGGAAGCCAGGGGAAGUCAGAGAAGGGGAAAGCUCCAUGGGAAGGGGUGAGAGCAAGAUGCAGAAACGAGUGGUCUUUAUUCCGGAGUCGUCUUGCAGAUGCUGAACAGGCAUACAUCUCUCAGACUAAGAAGGGGUGAUUUUUUUGCCCCAACUCUUUCUGCCCCUUCCUUGCAUCUCACUUGGCCCUGAAAUGUGUAUGAGAUUCAACCCGCAGAAGAUCUUUUGCAUAAAGUGGCAUGCUUAGUUUCUGUUUCGCGUUUUGAGUAUCCUGUCCAUAUUUGUUGUAGUUGUCCAUCGGGACAUGAGAUGAAUUCGGACUUCACAUUUCAGUUAAAUUGAUAGAAAGUUGUCUUCA